UAGCAAAGGAACAAGACCUCAAGCCUCCAUCCUUGCUGGCUCUGCAUAUUUGUUGGUUUCAGGCUGUGCUUUUUUCCACCAUCUGCCUUUUAUCCCUCCAUUCAUGUUCAGACCAUUGACAGUGCUAGCUAGAGGGGGAGAUCUCUUGUGACAGCCUGGAGAUUGAGUCAUGCACUGGCCUGGUACAUGGACUGAAGUAGAGACCACUAGGUCUCUCACCAGUGGCUCUCAGAGCUUGAAGCUAAAUGUAGUUGCCUUUAAUUUUGGUACAGAGUUGUACGUGGCUUAAACGUUGGCGACUUGGGAACUUGCAAAGGGAAAACCCAGUGGAUUACCAGAGUCUGGUUUAAUGAGUGCUUAUGUGGUUUUGUAUUAUGUUCUGUGUUAAACAGGAGGCAAAAAAAAAAAGACGACUGGUCUCAUGACUGAGGUCUAGGAAGAAGACAAUCUCUUCGUUUAAAAUGCAUGCUGUAUUUCAUUCAUUGCUCGAGAGCGUUCUCCUUUGUGAGUUCCUGCGUUCCCCUUUCUCCUGUGACUCAUGAUUACCACAAGAAUGUUGGAUAAGAGGAGAGAAAUGGUUGCAGAUAUGCCAUGCUGUUUGCAGGAAGAUAAUUGAUUCAUGCAGGUUUGGGCCUGUUGAGCUAGCCAGGCCAAAAUAAAAGAAUGGCAUGCUGAACACAAAAAAAUUAAAUGUUUUUUUUUUUUUUGUUUUUUUUUUUUUGACAGUGGUUUGUUGGAGUUGAUUGAUUUGUUUUGUUUUGAAAACUGCUUGCAAAAGAAAGAGCAAGGACGGGCUUUGUCCUUCUGAGGAACAAGAAACGGAACUUAUAACUAUCCUGAUUAGUCUGCUCAGUGUUUUGGCCUUUGUUGGAGGAACCAUCGAGAUGAGUAAAGAAUGCAGAGCCCCAGGUGUCAUGGACAGUGGUGACGGUUAUUUUGCAUCAGUAUUGAGACAUGUUUUUGUUGCAAAUGCAGCCUCCUUUUUACAGAGUCGUAUUGUUGAUGUUGAUGUACGUUUCUGCGUUUCUUUUCCUCGCCUUCUUUUUGUCCUCAUUCUUAAUCAUUGUGGUGAUAUACAACAGGAUGGCUCUUUGAAAUCACCAAAUGUGAUUCUUUUUUUCUUUUCUUUUUUUUUGUGAGUCUGCUGAAGGUUGUUGGAUAAUUUUAGGAUUUAUUUUCUAGAAAUAUUUUUCAUUCUUCUUUAGAUGCCAAGUGUUUGUGGCCACUUCUGCACUAGCAUGUGCGUUUCAGGAAGCCGAUUUUUGGAGUUUUGAUUUGACCCUCUUCAUUAACAUCCAUGUCAUAAAUAAGAAACGGACCUAUUCCAGAAUCUCAACUGGAACAAUAAGACAAAUUUGCUGUUUUUAUUUAUUCAAGGGAAUUUGUGAAAAAUAUCGUUAAAUGAAGAAUGAAAAAUGACUUGUGUCGCCCGAGCAUUUGAAACUUGAGCUGUUUUGUUUUAUGCCAUUUAUUUUUGGAGCACCAGCAUGGCAACUUCACUCGUCCAUCAGCCUGCUGGUUUGGUCAAAGGGAUCACAGGGAAGAGAGAACCAAUGAAGACUGAGAGUAUGAAAGACUCGCACAACGAAGCAGAAGAAGGCCUUGAGGAGCCCUCGAUUAGGCGACUAGAACCUUUGAAAGCAGCAGAAGAGCUGAAUGGGACCUUUAAGAGCACAGAACCCGACAAAGCUCAGCAGGACCUCGAUGUCCAAAGGGCAUCCGCCCAAUCACAUGCCGUGGAGAAUGGACUCUCGGAAACCGAUCCUCCUCACGGCUCCACAGUGGGCAGUAACGGAUAUAUUCUCAGUAAAGCCCAGGAUGACUCGCCGGCUACCCAACACAGGACUAACUGGUCCCCUAAGGGAACUUCACCCGUAGGGUACGCAGCUAAAACACUCCCUCUUUCAUCUACAUCUCAAACCCAGGGCCAGGGAGCUUUAAGGACUAACACAAGCACAGGGCCCAGUCUGGCAGAGGGGCGCUUGGAAAACGAGACUAAAAACGGCACUGCUACGAACACGCCUCCACGUGUGACGGUACACCGAGCACGCAAGACCAUGUCCAGGCCAGCCUCGAAUCACGCACUAAAGGUUUUAAACAGGGAAAUAAAAGAGCCAAGCGUGGUGAAAGGUGAGAGUGUGGACAGAUCAGAAGCUCAACCGCCUGUGCAAGCUCCUCCCACUCAGAACCAGCUACCUCAGAAGCAAACCGAUGCCACACCAGCACCAAUCGCCACACCAGCCAAGACACACACAGCAUCUGUGUUGAGGAAGAAGAAGAGAAAGAUGGGAACAUACAGCCUUGUUCCCAAGAAGAAGACCAAAGUGCUAAAGCAGCGCACGGUUCUGGAGAUGUUCCAGCGUGCGCCCCAGUCUCCGGCCACUCCUGAGCAGCCAAAAGAGAUUGUGCAGGUGAACGGGGAUCGAGCAGAGAACGAGUCUGACGAAUCAGAGUCGGACGAUGAUUCCGAAGAUGAAGAAGAGAUGACCGGAAAAGAAAUGGCCGAAGCAUCUCAGGAGGACAGCAGACUGGCUUCAAUCCCACAGCUUGGAGAGGAGCACGAGUCUGAGGAGACUGCAGAAGAGGAAGGGGAAGAAGAGCAAGAUGAGUCAGACUUGAGUUCUGAAUCCAGCUUGAAGAAGAAGGUGAAAAAGAAGGCCAAGGCAGACAGCCCUUGGCUCCGGCCUGCCAGGAAACGUAAAAAGAAGUUUAAGACAAAGUCCAUGGAAAUUUCAGGCAUGAAUGCCCAGACUCAAUUAGAGAUUCCAGCCCAAACUACUGCUCCUCUCACUUCUCCUGCUGACCAGGACAAAGAGUACACAGAGGUUCCAUUGGAGUCGCUUAACCUGAAAGCCCAGGAUGCCUUGCUAAACACAGAAAGCACUGAAGCCUCUAGCACAGCACAGAGUUCAUCGGCGGACAUGGUGCAGGAGCUUCCGCUGUGUAGCUGCCGCAUCGAGACACCCAAGAGCCGAGAGAUCCUCACUCUGGCUGACAGGAAGUGCAUGGCAACCGAGAGUGUGGAUGGACAGGUGAGAACAUGCAGUGCAAGCAAUCUGAGUCGGUGUCAAAGUGCAGUGCUGAAGCACGAGAUGAUGAGGCCGUCGAACUCUGUGCAGCUGCUGGUGCUGUGUGAGGAGCAUCGCACAGGAAUGAUCAAACAUCAGUGCUGCCCUGGCUGUGGCUACUUCUGUAGGGCGGGAACCUUCAUGGAGUGCCAGCCAGAGGUGAACAUCUCUCACCGCUUUCAUAGUCACUGCGCGUCAGUACUGAAAGGUCAGAGCUUCUGCCCACACUGCGGUGAGGAGGUCAGCAAGGCCAAAGAGGUCACCAUCGCCAAAGCAGACACCACCUCUACAGUGCCCCAGAGCCAGACCCCCAGCACCCCGGUGACUUCAGAGGGCAAGGCAGACACCACCACUGGAGGGCUGUCUCGCCUCUCAUUACCGGGAGAAGGGAGAGCAGACAGCACUUUAUCCAAACCUUCUGAAGCUGGGAAUGGAUCACUCACCCCGGAAGCCAGCAGGCCGGAACACGUGGGUGCAGGAGCUGUUGCCGGACCCCCUAUAACACCUCCUAAGGAGACUCUGGAAACCAUUUUGUUGGCACUGGAUGCAGAGAAGCCCAAGAAGCUUCGCUUUCACCCUAAACAGCUGUACAUCUCUGCUAAGCAGGGGGAGCUGCAGAAAGUCUUAAUGAUGCUCGUGGAUGGAAUUGACCCAAACUUUAAAAUGGAGAGCCAGAGCAAACGUACGCCGCUUCAUGUAGCAGCUGAGGCCGGACAUCAAGAGGUCUGCCACAUGUUGGUCCAGGCCGGUGCCAACCUGGACAUAUGUGAUGAGGACCAGCGCACACCUCUGAUGGAGGCCUGUGAGAACAAUCAGUUGGAUACAGUACGCUACCUACUGAGAGCUGGAGCCAUCGUUUCCAACAAGGAUGCUGAAGGCUCUACGUGUCUCCACCUCGCUGCUAAGGCUGGACAUUUUAAUAUCGUAAAACACUUGCUGUUUACAGGCCUUGUGGACAUUAACUGUCAGGACGACGGUGGCUGGACAGCAAUGAUUUGGGCGACAGAGUACAAACACGUCGAACUGGUCAAGCUGCUGCUAUCUAAAAAUGCCGAUCCCAACAUCAGAGACAAGGAGGAAAAUAUCUGUUUGCACUGGGCAGCUUUCUCCGGCUGUGUGGAGAUCGCUGACGUUCUUCUGAGUGCCAAGUGCGAUCUUAACACGGUCAACGUGCACGGAGACUCGCCCUUGCACAUCGCAUCGCGGGAAAACCGGUUGGAUUGUGUCACGAGAAAGAAAAAAGAAAGACUGGUGAGGGAAGGACUGUUUAUAGCUGUAAUAAAGUUGUUUCUGUUGCGGGGGGCUGAUGUGAACCUAAAAAACAGGGAAGGAGACUCGCCACUAGAGUGCUGCAGCCAGAACUCCAAGGUGUGGAGCGCUCUGCACGCCAGCAAGAGGCAGAGGGAGGCGAGCGGUGAAGGACGCGCCUCAGGAGAGAAGCUCCUCAACAGGGAUAUAUCUCGAGGUUACGAGAGAGUACCUGUGCCAUGUGUGAACGCUGUGGACAAUGAGCCUUGCCCCAAUGACUACAAAUAUGUGCCUGACAGCUGUGUCACCUCCCCCAUGAACAUAGACAAAAACAUCACUCACUUACAGUACUGCAUCUGUAAAGACGACUGCUCCUCGGCCAGCUGCAUGUGCGGUCAGCUCAGCCUGCGCUGCUGGUAUGACAAGGAGAGCCGUCUGCUGCCAGAGUUCUGCUCUGAGGAACCGCCUUUCAUUUUCGAGUGCAACCAUGCCUGUUCCUGCUGGAGAACCUGCAAGAACCGCGUUGUUCAAAAUGGACUACGGAUUCGACUGCAGCUGUUCAGGACUCAAAAAACGGGCUGGGGUGUUCGGACAUUACAGGACAUCCAGCAAGGAACCUUCGUCUGCGAGUACGUCGGGGAAAUCAUCUCAGACGCAGAAGCAGAUGUCCGGGAGAUUGAUUCCUACCUUUUCAGCCUGGACAGCAAGGUUGGCGAUAUGUAUUGUAUAGACGCCCGUUUCUAUGGCAACAUCAGCCGGUUCAUAAACCACCACUGCGAGCCGAACCUGUUCCCCUGCCGAGUGUUCACCUCCCACCAGGACCUGCGCUUCCCGCACAUCGCGUUCUUCGCCAGCAAGAACAUCAGCGCCGGAGACGAGCUAGGGUUUGAUUAUGGUGAUCAUUUUUGGGACGUGAAGGGCAAACUGUUCAGCUGCCAGUGCGGCUCGUCUCAGUGUAAGCACUCGGCGGCAGCGAUCGCUCAGCGGCAGGCGGACAGCACGCCAGGAGAACCGCAGGCCACCACCCUCCCAGACACCAGCUCAUCUACCACACCAUCCAGCCCCACCUGAGCCUUGCCAUGCUCCUACCCUUAUCCUCCAUCUACCAGCCAUCGCCACUGCACACACCCCUCAGCAGGGGAAUCCUAGCAGAGAGGCAGCCUGGACCACUGGCAUUUUCAGCUACAGCGCUCUUGGUUUAACUCGUUGUUGGACUGCAGAUUAAGGGUUAUGCACAUGUACAGAUAGUUUGUGUUCGCGGAGGAUAUAAUCUGACUAUGGUGCUGUAGUGUGUUUGCUCUCGGAAAGCUGAGGUCGUGCUCGAGGCUGUCCUCGAGCCCCUGCACGAUUAUGCAUCACUCCGUGUCCGUUGAACAUGCAGAAGAUGAUGUUUUAAUGUUACCAACGUCCACACACAAUGCAAAAGCCGUGAUGUGUUUACUUUUCCUCGUCUACAGAUUUUCCGACACGAGACGCACUCCGUUGUGGCACACGUACAUUUCUCAAGGACUUCAUUCUUCAUUUUAUUUUGAACUUUUAAAAUUUCCCCAAAUAAAUGUUGUAUUUUCAAAAAAAACAAACAAAAAAAAGCUAGAUGUGUGAUGAACAUAUAUUAUUAUUUUAUUUUCAGUUGACUCAUUUCCAGAUAUUAUGAGCGUCUGUUUGUGUGGUUAAAUUCUCAUCGGUGCUGGACGUUAUUUAUUUGCCAGUUUGUCGAUCGAUUCCCAUCUGCUGGAUGUAUUCCUGUAAUCCUGCACAGACCGUGGGAGGGACCGUGAGCCUCAGAGACAAACUGCCCACUUUGAGCUGACUCCUGCAUGUUACUGAUUAAAUCUGAAAAGCUUCUUAUGCUGUUUCAUUGCUGCAAAACUGUAAACUGGUCAUGAGAGGAUUUCUGAACGACCUGCUUUAUGAUCUCCAGGAGUGGAUGAACUCAUCUCAGCAGUGACGGUCUGUCUUUCCUUCAUGAUCAUCAUGUCAAAACUUUAACAUUUGGCAUUAAAGGCCAUAUGUAGUCUAAUAGGAAUUUUGGUUAGGGAAUUUGUGGUUAUUGAAUACCGCAAAUGGUGCUGAACAAAGAUUUUGUUUGUUUUUAUUUUUUUAUAACGCGAUGUGAGAAUACACAUUCGGAAAGAAGAUUAACCAAGUGAUGUUUUUUUUUUGUUGUUCAUUUUUUAUUAAAUUUACCUUCGGUUUUCUAACUGUAGAUGACAUUGUUAGCCUGUACCCAUUUUGUUACAUUUAAUGAUUUUAUUGUUGACCGUGAAGCUAUGUCCUUCUUUUUUUUUUUUUUUUUUAAUGUUUGAUAGUAUAGUCACAACCAUUGUGCUCAUUCUGCCAUGUAGAUCCAAAACACUGCAAAAUGAAAAGGAAAAAAAAUGCUACGUUUUUCUCAACCGAGACCCGAAGGUGGUUGUAAUUAUUUUUUUCUCUAAUAAAUUUACUUCUAAUAAAA